AUGCGGACUCCAAAAAUAUUAGGACCCCUCAUCCCUCUCCUUGCUUGCCUCUUGACAUCCUCACUCAUCUUGGCAUUGCCCUCGGUAUCAACUUCGACCUCAGUACCAACGUCGACGUCGACGUCCAGUGCGUCAACGGAGUCAAUGACCAUCUCGAAAAUCCCGAUCUAUGUUGGUGGUUUCUUUCCGAUCGAGGGCCAUUCGGCCUUCGAGAGUUUACCCAGAACAGUCCAAACGGCCAUUGACCACGUGAAUGAGUUACCAGGGAUCCUCGAUGAUUACGAACUACGCAUGCGCUGGAAUUGGACUAUGGGAAGUCCGGCCAACGCGCUCCGUCUUCUACACGACUUCGUAUCCACUGGUCCGCCUGUUUUGAUGACGUGGGGACCGAUGUUCUCUUCCGUAGCUACCGUGGUCAACGAAAUCACUCCGGAGUACAACAUCGUUCAGGUGGUGAUUGCAAGCUCGAGCACCCUGAAUGAUCGCAUCCGUUACCCCCUCACCGUCAGGAUCUCCGUCGAUGAAGACGUCCUCAACCCGUCAAGAGCAGCUUUUAUUAAGGAGAUGGGGUGGAGUCGAGUAGCCAUCAUCUUCGAGGACACAGACUACUUCAGAGAGAACACGAAGCAGCUGACGCUACUACUUCGUCAAGUCGACGUCACUGUUCUCGCUACUGAAGCCGUGAGCGAUAUCAACAGUGCAGAAGCUCAGCUAGAAAGUCUAAAGCGACACGAUGCUCGAGUUAUAUUCGCUGGAUUUCUACCCGAUCAGGCUCUCAUUGUUUUCUGCAAGAUAUUUCGGCAAGGUCUAUACGGGUCAAAGUUCAUCUGGAUCAUACCCGGAUGGUUUCCGGAGGGAUGGUGGAGAAAUCCCGACCCGGAAGUGGUUCCAUGUACUUCCGAGGAGAUGGAAAUGGUGUUGCAAUAUCACAUUGGUUUUGAUGGAGAUCAGUUUGUGUCCGAUGUCGAGGAGAUCAGCUUUAAUGGCGUCAAACCGCAACCUCAUCACCUGGAAUACUUACGCGCACUGCAUGAGAUGGACGACAAUUCACGUGACAUCUAUGCCUAUGACAACCUCAUCACCAUGGCGCUUAUACUAAACUCAUCUAUAGCUGAUGUGGAACAACUGCCUGGUUACAGCGAUGGAGAUACAGCGAGACCCAAAAGACUGGAGGAUUUUACCUACGGUGACACAGAUAUGGCGGAAGACAAGGUAGAGUUCGGGGUAGAGGGCAUCAGGAACUCACCUGUAUAUGUCGAGCAGUUUAUUGGAUCGACUGCAUUAAGAAUCAUGGAUUAUACGGACAAGGAUGGAUCAUUCCAUGUGGAGAGGAAUAGAUCGAUCAGAUGGGCAGAUGGCAAGCGCCCUGUUGAUGGCAUCACAUACCAACCGAUUGAUGAGACAGUUUCUUCGACUGUUCGGAUUAUCUUCUACUCGCUGUCUGGUGUGGGGAUAGUUUUAUCCCUCAUCUUCUUCUCACUCAAUGUUCAUUACAGGGAGUACAGAACGAUCAAGAUAUCAAGUCCGAUACUAAACAACCUGAUCGUUAUCGGUUGUCUGAUGCUCUACGCAGCUAUCAUCAUUCCUGGGCUUAACACAUCGUCUUACAGUGAGCCAACCAUCGUCCUUCUUUGUCACGUUCAAACUUGCCUCAUCAGUGUUGGCAUUUCUCUGUCGUUGGGGGCUCUUUUCGGUAAGACGUAUCGCAUCCAUGCAAUCUUCAAGAAAGCGGUAGAAAGACUCAAGAAGAUUAACUUACCCGAUUCUAAGCUCAUACUUGGUGUUUGCGCAUUGGUGCUCGCUGACAUAAUUAUUCUCAUGUUCCGAGUGGUGCUCGAUGACGUACAUGUGACGUCACACUCUCUAGACGCUCAGCUGGACAUGACUGAUCCAAGCAAAGAGUUGUAUUUUGUACCGACUGUUCGAACGUGCGGAUCGACAAAUCAACUCUUCUUUCAGAUUAUCAUGUACGGUAUCAAAGGCAUCCUUCUAAUGUUCGGCAUCUUCCUGGCCUGGGAGACUAGGGAUGUGACCAUCUCUGAUUUGAACGACAGUAAAUACAUCGCCUUCUCCGUGUACACGGUGGCGGUAACGAUGGCCGUGGCUGUCCCAACGAUUAGCGUGUUCAUGUACCAAGUCGAUCUCCGUUUCAUCAUCUUCAGCUCUGCGAUUCUAUUUGCUAACACCACCAUGUUGUGUCUGGUCUUUGUACCGAAGACGUCAUUCUAUAACAGAGCCGAAAACUGCCGCUUCUGGUGA